UUACUGAAAGGAGUGUUCACAGCACGUCGACGGCCACACACACCCGCUCCCCCUGAAUCUUACCGCACACACGUUCAGGUGUAAACAUUAAGCUGUGAGAGAUAAUGCACCGUGACCAACAGGUGUCCUGACCACUGACCAAUUUUCUUAUUGAGUAGCCAGCGGUCAGUCAGUCAUGUAGGAAUGAGGAACACUUAAAAUUCCCCGCCUUGUGAGUGAGUCUACGUCACGUUAAGCUGGGCAGUAUAAGUAACGGCAGCUGAAACUCAGACAUCACUUUCACUCGCAUGCCAAACAAUGGCAAGUGCGACGAAGUUCGACCCAGAGCCUCAAGCUCUAGACCUGUCCACUAAAUCGCGGACCAUGUCCGAAUCCUCCGAGGCGACAGAAGAUUCUAGGAAAAACAAGCGUAAGCUGCAGGAGCCUCGGAGACGCACAACUGACUUUAGCGUAAAGAGGUUAUGUCAAAGCCCACCAAGCCCAGCCAGAGCCAGCCCAGGGUAUGAGCAGAGGGCGACGAUUAUUUCACGUGCGGGGGAGACAGUUAAAGGCACGGUAGUGCCUGGGGGCCACGUUGGACAAGCAACCAUACCCUCACCAGCACACUCAGGCCCUACGCCCCCAAGUCACCCCGGAUCGUUAAGUCCAGAUUCUCUGGGUCGGGUACCUCCGUAUCCCGGGGGAUGGCCGUUCCAGUUUUAUCUUCCGCCGCAGUAUGCUGGCAUGUACGGAUACCCCCACCCUGCACUUCUUUCCACAAUGAAUCUAUUCCAAAGGAGCAUAGCACCUCCAAACGAUAAAAGUGCUGAGGGCGAGUCGUCGCGUGCUACGGGACGGUCGCAGUCGACGUCUAGCGCUUCCAAUUCAGCUGCGGUGGAGACGGCAAGGACUACGUAUCCUGCAGCAGACGCCGGCGAAGAUGACGAGGCUGAAGAUUAUGACGACGACUUGGGGUUAAAACACGGCUCAAGACGACGGAAAAAUUACAAAAAUAUGACGCGAGAGAGGCGCGUGGAGGCCAAUGCCCGCGAACGCACGCGCGUACACACGAUAAGCGCAGCAUUUGAGAGACUACGCAGAGCUGUGCCGUCGUAUUCCAAUAACCAAAAACUUUCAAAACUAGCAAUAUUGCGAAUAGCUUGUAGUUAUAUCUUGUCUCUGGCCCGCUUGGCCGAUAUGGAUUAUAGCGAAGACCAAAAAGGAUUGAACUUUCAGGAAUGUGUAGAACUGUGUACGAAAACUAUCAAUGCAGAGGGGAGAGCGAGACGACGACAUUGAUGCUGAUGUUAAUAAGAACAAAAAUUGGAAACCAUUAUUUUACAGCACUACUUUUUUUCUUGAAAAAAGGACGCUUCACGAAUUAAAAAUAUGUUGAACUGUUGGUUGAUAUCGGCUUUAUGUUCAAGGAUCUUCAAGGCGUUGGUAAUUUCACACAUUUCUUACCCAUAUUCUUAUCGCGCCUCCUUCCCCGUGAUAGGCACUAUGCGGGGUUACACCGCAAAGGUCAGGCCAAAGCGGACAGGUGGCUUACAGAACAAACGGAAAUGUGGAUUUGUUUUGUUGGAAAUUGAUGCGUCUGCGUAAGACUGGCGCCUAAAGUGAAGAUAAGUUAUUCGCGCCACCCGGCUGGGGUCAUCCCCGGUGUAACGCGAGUCGUGUAUGAAGCGGGUAGCAGCUGCCGGGGCCAUCUGGUCCAACACGCUCCACUGCCUGACGUAGGAUCUGAUUUCCAAUUAGCUCCGGUUAACAGCGGUGCUGGCGCCACUGCUACGAGACGCAGGGACAUCAAGGACGCCGGUGCACUCAACGAACGACAAAAAUGUGUGAGAGGGCUUAGAAAAAAACAAGUUUUGUUGUCGCUCUCAGGGAAAUGCUCAUAAGAAAACAGUUGAACACCUGUUCUAGUGCUGACGGGGCGCGCAUCAGGUGUCGUCUGAGAAACGUAACAACUUUUCCAGAAUUUAAUUCACUUAACAGAACCCGAACGGAAGAAAAUCUGAACAAACCUACUUAUCUAUUCGGUAUAUAUCCAUCCACAAAUUAAAACCCUGAAAGAGGAGUAACCGCGGUUUGCUUUUAAUUAACACUAAUAUCAUGCGUUCCUUUUACGUUGUCACGGCAGCUUUUCCCACAGAGCAGGUGGGUCUGACACCUGCUGCAACCUAUGUACCUUUUGCGAAGUGUCGUCUGCUCUUUUGGUUCACACAAAAGUGAUAUGGCGGGAAUAAAAAAGUACUGACAGGGAGAACAGAAGAGUGAACCAGAAGUUGACCAGAGAUGGACAACGACGACGCAGUAGACUUACUUGCAAGAGAAACGUUUGGAACAGAACAGACCUUGUACUGAGUAGGCUAUAAGUCCUUCAGUUCACAAGAAAUUCGUUCGCAUCUUCUCUCCCCGUGCACAUCAGCCUGAGCGGGCCCCUGUCUCACAUUCAGCUGCAAUAGUAAAAUGCCAAAGAUAAUGUAGAACAAAGAUUUGUGUUGUAUGUACAGUAUACACUGGGGUUGAUAGCAGCUUGAAAUAAGUGAACCUUGACUUUAGCCGACUUGAUUUAGAUAUGCCAAAUAGAUAUAUAAUUGACAUGUUCUGCGUCCAUUGAUAUACAGGGUGCUUCCAGUUUGAACCCGGCCAGCCACAUCAUCAUAUGCUCCUACUGUGUACGAGCUUCAGGUUUAUUGAUCUUCACUUUUUAUCAUGCCAUAAUAAAUUAUCACUGAUGCACUAGGUCACGAUAUUUACUCUGUUCUAAUUUUUGCUGUUGUUUGGA